UUUAAUAAUGUCUAUUUUCCCUGAGUGCAGUGAUAACAGGAAGACAAAGUCCUUAUUGGAAUCGCCCUAACAUGUCUGUAACCAGAAGAAUGGUCCUGGUUGGGAAGACUGGUGCUGGGAAAAGUUCUUCAGGAAACACCAUCCUGGGCAGAAAAGGAUUCCGAGCUGCUCUUAGUGCAUCGUCUAUCACUAAAGAGUGCUGGAAGGAGACAGAAUUGGUGGGAGACACUAACGUGGUUCUGGUGGACACUCCUGGUCUCUUUGAUACCUCACUUUCAGAAAGAGAUUUACAAAAGGAGAUCAGUAAGUGCAUUAACAUGACUUCUCCAGGACCCCACGCCAUCAUACUGACCAUUCAGCUCGGACCCUUCACUGAAGAAGAGGUUUUAGCUGUGCAGAAGAUCAGAGCUGUUUUUGGGGAGGAAGCAGACAAAUACACCAUCAUCCUCUUCACACAUGGAGAUAAACUCAAGAUACCCAUUGAAGAACAUCUGAGUCAAGCUGAAGGACACCUCAAAGACCUUAUAGAACAGUGUGGAAAAAGGUAUCAUGUAUUUGACAACACAAAAAGGCAUGAUCGCUCCCAAGUUCUCGAAUUCCUGGACAAGGUGGAAAACAUGAUGACGGCAAACGGGGGUGAACACUACACCAACCCCAUGUUUGGUGAUCUGGAACAGAAGCUGAAGGAGAAGGAAGAUGAAUUAAAGACUGAAUAUGAAUACAAACUACAGGAGUUAAUAUCAAAAUUCAAUGAAGAAAAGAAUGCCUUACAGCAGGAAAUAGGAAAGCUGAAAGAAUCUGAUCAGGAGAAAGAGAGGCAGGUUGAGGAGCUGGAACUGCUGAUUAAAAAGAAGGAUCGAGAGCUGAAUGAAUACAAGCGUUUUUAUGAGGAAAAGUGUAGGAAUGUUAGACUGAAGGCAGAAAAAACUCAAUUCAUUAAACAAGUACAAGCUGUUUGUACCAAGUUAAGAAAAUUCUUUAUCAAAGAAUGAAAAAAAAACAUUCUAUUACAGUUUAUAGUAAAGCGUUAAGUUGAAUUAGAAUAAGGUAUUUACUACAGGUCUGCAUGUACACAGUAUCUGAAGAAGUCCGUCUAUGCCAUCAAAUGGACUUUUAUAAAUGGCUAUAAAAUAAGAAGAAUGAAAUGGUUUAAAUUGUAUUGAUUAUUUACAGAUUUUAGUUUUAUCUGAUUCCAGCAUUAUGCAAGUGAACCCACAGGGUUAAGACAAUAAUCCUAGUUCAUGUUAAUUAUACUGUGUUUUAUAUUUUUCUCCGUUUGAACACAGGUUAAAGUAAAAUUUUAUUACAUAAAAUGUUAUUGUCAUGGUCAGAACAGAAUAGCAGACAAGCGCAGAUACUGAUAAAAACAAAGUAUGUUUAUUACAACAAUAAACAGAUGUAAUCAGGGUCGAUACAGAAAUAAGGGUGAUCACCAGUAGACAGAGCAAUGAAGACAAAACCAUACCAUAAACGAAAGACAGUCCAGAGUUCAUACACAAGCAAUCCAAUAUCAGAGAUAAUCCAAGGGGCGGUGGUGAAAGUACAGUCCAGGUCAUACACAAACAAUCCAAUAUCAAAGGCAGAGGCAAGAAUCGGCGUCGAGAAACAAAAAGCAAGGUCAUACACAAAGUAAACUGAGACAAGAGAUAUAGAACGCUUUGUAAUGAGGAGAACCUACAAUACGCGGCGUGGAAGUCUGUUUGGCGUGCACCUUUAUAGUGCCAGUAAUCAGUAUUCGGGACUUCCUGGAGGAAGCAGGUGAGGUGUCACGUGAUCAGGUGAGUGCGUGAUGUCAGCGGGUGGUGCAUUCUGGGUAGUGUAGUUGUUCACCUGAGAACCUCCGUUAGAGCUGGGUGUGGAAGGGACAGAGGAGCUAACAGCACCAGACGUGA